UUCCACGAGUAUCAUGGGAGGAACUGUGGAGGUCACGACGUUUUGGGAACAUAAUUAUUCGACAUCUUCCCCAUCUUAAACGAAGGAAAACAAGGUCUGAGUCAGAGUCCGUGAAGCAGAUAUCAGAAAACUUGGCUGCUGAAGCACUAGACUAGCUUUUCUCAACCUCUUCGAAUCCCAGCGUCCAAAGCAUAGUCGUACAGUCUGCUGGGGGGUUGCCAAUGGCCUCGGAUGAGGUGUUCUGUCGGCAGCCAUACUAUCCAAACAUGGUUAGAAUGCGUGAAUCUUUGCUUGAACGCUGUCUGCAAGUGGACGAGGAACAUCCUGACGUUGAGAAACCCAUGCCAGGCAUGGAGCGCAAAGUCGAACGCCUGCUUCGCUUUUCAUGCUAUCCCUUUGAUCACUUCAUCAUUGCCGGUGAUACUGAUUCAUUUGAGCUUACCGCUGCAAUCCAUUCCACUCCUUUUCUCCGUUUCAUCACAAGGCCUAGGCCUGCUGUUUUAACCAGUCCAGCUGCAUUUUUUACAGAAAUUGUGUGCUGCCACCAUUCUUUAAAGCUGCCCCCGCUUUGUUGGUCUCGCCUCAUAAUGAUGGCAAAGGAGGACGGUGCCUUUACUCCCCUGGAUCCUGACCAUAAUAAUCAUGCCAAUACAUUUCCCCUUCAUCUCUGUUCUGCUGUCCUGUCUUCAUUUUCCAUGUUACUGUGGCACUCAAAGCAUGAUUUUAGGUCUCCAUUGACUCUUGCAUUCUCAGACGCAUUGCCCUAUCUUCCAUACGCAAUCUACAACAAUGUUCUCACCAUGCUUUCCGAGUAUGUUGAGGAUAUACCAUUGUACGACUCAUCGUUGAGAAAACCUUGGAGGGCGCUGAUGGUAGCCACUGUCAAAUUCCUACUUCACAGACUUUCUCUUCCUGAAUCUGAUUUGUCCCACACGACCAUCCUUGACUCGUUAACUGCUGCAGUUAAUGCGGUCUGGUCACCAGAUUUCAUGUCCGAGGAAGCUACCGCCAUCACAACGGUGCUUGAGAGUAUCCUUUUCGCUUGUGUCACACUAGAACGGGACCAACGCAAUGUAGACUCACCGUGGAAUAAGCUGUUCUACAAAACCAUCGAAGCUUACCAGUAUUCACUCUCCUUCUCUCCUUCCGCUUGCCCUUUGCGUGGUCUUCAGGUGAUGGUUGACUUUAUGACUAUCAACUGGAAAUGCCCUCGUCAUCACUACUGCAAAACUGAUACAGCAUGCCAUGUGCUGGCCAACCUUCUCGAAAACCGUGUUCCUGCGGCUUAUGCCGUAUUCCAUGAAAGCAGAUGUCUGGACUUUUUCGGGAGCCAUGCAUUUCAUGAUUCGUCGGUUCGAGUCAUUAGCGAAUACAUUGCUGGAAUUGCUGCCAUGCUACAUGGAUUAGUUGGAAUCAUGGACAUGGACAUCCUUCAGCAGCAUGUUGACAGACUCUUUGAGCCGUGCCAUCUUUUUACUGCGUGCUUGAUCUUGGCCGCACAUAGUGCUAAUGACAUCAUCACUUUGCUCGCGCAGCUUCGUCCGCAUGACGUUGCCUGAGACGAGUGUCGCAAGAAACUUCAUGAUUUGAUAGGUAGUGAUGGCGCGGACUUGGCAGUCUCCACCCAGCAGCGUGUUCCGGUUUCUCCAUCUGCUAAUCGCAGAUUGGAAACGUCGGAACUUAUGAUUGAAAGGGACAAAAUCGGAUAUGCAAUUGAAGUUCUCGAUGCCUUUUUUGAGGGUGUACAUGGUCAAAGAUCCUCUAGCUCACUGCCAGUAUUGACAAGACGAUGCGUGGUACGCCGUGCUUUAGGAUGGUGCGUUGGU